CCUCGGAAAUCUAUCUGGAUCGCUUGGUGAAUACGACGAGGCAGAAGAUUACUUAGAGAAGGCUCGCUCCAUAAGCAGUGGAAUUGGAGACAUAAUGACUGAGUUUAAAAGCCUUCUCAGCAUCACACAGUUAAAGGUAUCGCAAUCACAGGUUGUGGAGGCAAAGGAACAUCUCCUUCAAUGUAUUGGAAAAUAUGAACAAUUGAGGAGUUUUCUUAAAGGAAACAAAGAGUUUGAAAUAUCUCUGUUAGAAGAGCACGGUAGUUUUCCUUAUCACUUGCUCACUACUUUGCUUUGCGAUACUGGCAAAUUUCAAGACGCUCUUUAUGUCGAGGAGCUGGGACGAGCGAGAGUCCUCGUAGAAUGCAUGGCAGAGAAGUUCUCCGUUGAAAGCCACAUCUCGGCUGAUCCAAAAUUAUGGUUCGGGAUUGAACACAUCGUGAAAAAGGAGAGUAACUGUGUCUUUUUGUACAUUUUGUAUACUGAGCGGCAUGUUUGUCUCUGGGUUUUGAAAGCAAAUGGAGACAUUUCCUUUCGAGUCACCGACCAAGUGAAAGACAGCACUCUCAUUCCUGAGAAUGUUUGCAACGUGGAGGGAAUUUUUAAAAAGAGCGCCGCCAGCUUUGGCGUUUUACCCAAAGCGAAUUGCGAAGAUCGAUCUUUGGAUGGCAACGUAACGACAUCUCUUUUUGAAGAGAGCCGAGCAACUUUGCGCGGUGACGAAAGCAAAGAAACCGAAAGAAUUCAUCAUUUGUGUUACAAAUGGAUCAUCGCUCCUGUGGUAGAUUUACUUACAGAGCCUGAAAUCAUCAUUGUGCCGUAUCGUUUCUCGUAUCGAGUCCCAUUUGCUGCCUUGCGUGAUGAAUCAGCCGGAAAGUAUCUAUCAGAGACUUACAGAAUCCGUAUCGUCCCUUCUCUGACGACCCUCCGGCUCAUUCAAGAUUGUCCAGCGGAUUAUCACAGUGAAACUGGUGCACUUGUAGUGGGUGAUCCUACGGUUGGCCAGGUGUAUUACAAUGGACGUGUCGCUAACUUUGUACCAUUGUUCUGUGCUAGAAAGGAAGCAGAGAUGGUUGGUCGACUGCUGGGAGUUCAGCCUUUGUUAGGAGAGUCUGCAACUAAGCAGGCAGUGCUUCAAGCGAUACCUUCAGUGAGUCUCAUACAUAUUGCCGCUCAUGGAAAUGCCGAAAGAGGAGAGAUUGCCCUGUCGCCUAAAUGUCCUAAAUGUACCACCAACAGUUUUCCACAAGAAGAAGACUACCUCUUGACAAUGUCCGACAUUUUCGGAGCUCAAGUGCGAGCAAAACUGGUUGUAUUGAGCUGUUGUCACAGUGCGCGUGGAUUGGUCAAAGCCGAAGGAGUUCUUGGAAUCGCUCGUGCAUUCUUAGCAUCCGGUGCACGUUCAGUGUUGGUAGCAUCGUGGGCCAUAGAAGACGAAGCAACGGAGCAGCUCAUGAAUCAUUUCUACAAGCACCUUGUUCGUGGAGAAAGUGCCAGUGAAUCUCUUCACCAGGCCGUAAAAUGGUUGAGAAGCAACGGCUUUCCCAAACCCAAUCAGUGGGCUCCAUUUGUGCUGAUGGGAGACAACGUGACAUUUGAUUUUACGUACAUUGGGAAAGAGGAACACAAGGAGGAAAACAAUGAAGCAGAGAAGAAACAGAGUAACAACUGAUCCUGCACAAAGAUUAUCUUUCCUGCACAUUGUUUUUGAAUGGACACUGGUAUUAGUUUGAGCAGACAUUUUUCAUUUUAUUGGGGUCUGGGCAGAAAUUUUUCAUUUUGUUUUAGUUAAAGGGUUAUUUUUGAAUGCUUUUGUAAAUAAGGCUGAAUCAAAAGCUUGUGACACUGAAAGCUGCAUUUCAGCCGUCAGACCUAUUAAGGGGACUAUAAUGAAUUGGGAUGAAAAAUUGAAAGCAUGAAAUUAACUUAA